AUGGAGCUGUCCAUGGCCCAGAGCGGAGUGGGGCACGGAGGGGAGCGGGGGAAGGAGCAGGGAGGGGAGCAGGGUCGGGGGCAGGGGCCAGAGAGGAGUGGGGGCAGGGGCCCGGAGGGGCCCGGAGGGGAGCGGGGGAAGGGGGCCCGGAGGGGAGCGGGGGAAGGGGGCCCGGAGGGGAGCGGGGGAAGGGGGCCCGGAGGGGAGCGGGGGAAGGGGGCCCGGAGGGGAGCGGGGGAAGGGGGCCCGGAGGGGAGCGGGGGAAGGGGGCCCGGAGGGGAGCGGGGGAAGGGGGCCCGGAGGGGAGCGGGGGAAGGGGGCCCGGAGGGGAGCGGGGGAAGGGGGCCCGGAGGGGAGCGGGGGAAGGGGGCCCGGAGGGGAGCGGGGGAAGGGGGCCCGGAGGGGAGCGGGGGAAGGGGGCCCGGAGGGGAGCGGGGGAAGGGGGCCCGGAGGGGAGCGGGGGAAGGGGGCCCGGAGGGGAGCGGGGGAAGGGGGCCCGGAGGGGAGCGGGGGAAGGGGGCCCGGAGGGGAGCGGGGGAAGGGGGCCCGGAGGGGAGCGGGGGAAGGGGGCCCGGAGGGGAGCGGGGGAAGGGGGCCCGGAGGGGAGCGGGGGAAGGGGGCCCGGAGGGGAGCGGGGGAAGGGGGCCCGGAGGGGAGCGGGGGAAGGGGGCCCGGAGGGGAGCGGGGGAAGGGGGCCCGGAGGGGAGCGGGGGAAGGGGGCCCGGAGGGGAGCGGGGGAAGGGGGCCCGGAGGGGAGCGGGGGAAGGGGGCCCGGAGGGGAGCGGGGGAAGGGGGCCCGGAGGGGAGCGGGGGAAGGGGGCCCGGAGGGGAGCGGGGGAAGGGGGCCCGGAGGGGAGCGGGGGAAGGGGGCCCGGAGGGGAGCGGGGGAAGGGGGCCCGGAGGGGAGCGGGGGAAGGGGGCCCGGAGGGGAGCGGGGGAAGGGGGCCCGGAGGGGAGCGGGGGAAGGGGGCCCGGAGGGGAGCGGGGGAAGGGGGCCCGGAGGGGAGCGGGGGAAGGGGGCCCGGAGGGGAGCGGGGGAAGGGGGCCCGGAGGGGAGCGGGGGAAGGGGGCCCGGAGGGGAGCGGGGGAAGGGGGCCCGGAGGGGAGCGGGGGAAGGGGGCCCGGAGGGGAGCGGGGGAAGGGGGCCCGGAGGGGAGCGGGGGAAGGGGGCCCGGAGGGGAGCGGGGGAAGGGGGCCCGGAGGGGAGCGGGGGAAGGGGGCCCGGAGGGGAGCGGGGGAAGGGGGCCCGGAGGGGAGCGGGGGAAGGGGGCCCGGAGGGGAGCGGGGGAAGGGGGCCCGGAGGGGAGCGGGGGAAGGGGGCCCGGAGGGGAGCGCGGGAAGGGGGCCCGGAGGGCAGAGGAGGCAGGGGACCGGAGGGGAGUGCAGGCAGGGGCCAGAGGGCAGAGGGGACAGGGGCCGGAGGGCAGAGGAGACAUAGAAAUGUCAUUAUCCACCUUAAGAAAUCAAAAUCUAUAA